UUGGCACGUGUGCGCGUUCCCCACGCGUCUUUACGCACAACACAAAACAUCUUCUGUUCAAGUUGAAUUAUAUAUUUGUUCGUUUCUGGAGUCACAGAGAUAGUGUCACUCUUUGUGGCGCCCGCAGGGGAUCAGAGACAUCAGAGUCUUUGACAUAAUACAGCUGCACCAAGCAACGCAGCACAUACAGGAAGCUGAACCCAAUCUGCUCAUGCUCCUGUCGUGCCACAGCUCGAGCCUCAUAAAAAUAUUUUUUCUUUGACUGACAAUCCCCAACAAGUCUCCUCUUCUCCUUCUUUUUUUCUGAUGUGCCAUCACGUGAUCAUCCGGUCUCAUCCAAUGGACACGCGCCCUCCCCCCUCUCCUGGUCCUAGGGGCUUGUUGCGUCAAGGUUGCGGCUUGGAUGUAACCGGAGGUCCAGCCGGUUACCCGGAGUCUUUGCCCGCGAGCGAGCGCCCUCACUAAAUGGUGCAGCGAGACAGUGCACGCGUGCUACGAUAGUGCGCGUGACGGUACGUGUGAAUUACCUGAACUGUGUAUGUGGGCCGGAAAGUCCACAGAAGAAUAAAGACGCACCAGUUCACCUCAUUCAGCCAAUGUAGCAGCUUAGAGGACAGGACCGGACAAAGUCUGAGAGGAAACGGCGACGAACGGAGGCCAGACCGGGAAAAGUAGCGCCUAUGACAGCCUCCCUGGUCCUCAACCCUCGCUGGCCAGCGGAAACGGUAAUGUUUGUGUAUGAUAACAAUUUGGACGACCUGAACAAGAACAUGGAGGGGCUGGUGGGAAGCGGCAACUUCGCUGCGGCCACAGCGGCGAGCCAGUGCCGCAACAUUAUGGCGCACUCGGCGGCCGCCGCAGCUCUGGGCGGCCACCCGUCCGGCCUGGUGCACUCUUCAGCCAGCUACUCCACAGUGGACGUGUCCGCCUCAGGCUCCGGCGAGACUGGUGUGUCCUCGGGGAAGCAGUGCGCGGCCGGACCAUGUCCGGCGGCCGGCGUGCCGCAUCAGAGCUCCUCCGCCGCCACCGCGUUACCGUACAGCUACUUUGGUAACGGCUACUACCCAUGCAGGAUGGGGCGGGGUUCUCUCAAGUCAUGCACCCAGGCGGCCGGAGCCGCGCUCAGCUCGCAGUACAUGGACACGACGGUGAGCUCUGACGAGUACCCGAACCACCGGGCCAAAGAGUUCGCCUUUUAUCACGGCUACCCGAGCCCAUACCAGUCCAUGGCCAGCUACCUGGACGUGUCGGUGGUCCAAACGCUGGGCACCGGGGAGCCGCGCCAUGACACCUUGCUCCCCAUGGACAGCUACCAGCCCUGGGCUCUGACCAACGGCUGGGGGGGACAGAUGUACUGCUCAAAGGACCAGGGGCAGGCCGGUCACCUCUGGAAGUCCGCUCUGGCUGAUGUGGUGGCACACCAGCACGACGGCUCGCCUUUCCGCCGAGGAAGGAAGAAGCGGAUACCGUACACCAAGAUCCAGCUCAAGGAACUGGAGAAAGAGUACGCCGCCAACAAAUUCAUCACCAAGGACAAGAGGAGGAAGAUCUCGGCCGCGACUAACCUGUCAGAGCGGCAGAUCACCAUCUGGUUCCAGAACAGGAGGGUGAAAGAGAAGAAGUUCGUGGCCAAAGUGAAGAGCAGCGCGCCGUAGCAUUUAGGUUCCUGCUGCUGCUGCUGCUGGACGAUUUCAAUGCGUGCUAUACAUUGAAAAUGAACUAAGUGAGAAGACAAAAAAAUGAGAAAAAUAAAAAAAACUCGACGUGGUAGAUUCUCCUGGAAGACUAGGACUGUGCGUACCCGUGUGCGUCAAAACAUGGAAGAAAAAAUAAAUAAAAAGGACAUAAAGGACAAAUUAAGAUUAAAGAAAAGAACCAAAGCCCUCUGACAAACCCUCUCUCAGAGGCAUCCUGUAAAUACAGCACCUUCCUGCCUGCUUUGAUGUAACUGUUUGUCAACUGUCUGUGUCUUACUGUUUGUCAGUGUUGUGCGUGACCAGUAGCCAAUAGCUGAAA